AUGUUUCAGGCCGAGACCCUUCGGAAGGACAGUUCUGCCGAAAGGUCUUGGCUGGAAACGUCGACUGAAGUUAAUACUGUGAUUGUUAUUUUGUACAGAAUUUUAGCCACUGUUGGGACGGAUUUUGAUCUGCGAACCUUGAGGGCCGUGCGAGUACUACGACCAUUGAAACUCGUAUCUGGAAUUCCAAGUCUGCAAGUUGUGUUAAAAUCGAUAAUGAAGGCGAUGGUCCCCCUUCUUCAGAUUGGACUUCUUCUGUUCUUUGCAAUCGUGAUGUUUGCCAUUAUUGGUCUGGAGUUCUACAUAGGAAAGUUUCACAAAACCUGCUUCAGUGAAGAAACAAAUCAGCCGGUGGAGGAAUUUCCAUGCGGAACAGAACCUCCUUCCCGACUGUGUCCGAAUGGAACUGUUUGUAAAGGAUACUGGAACGGACCCAAUUAUGGGAUUACAAAUUUUGAUAAUAUCCUAUUCGCUGUUCUCACGGUCUUCCAGUGUAUCACAAUGGAAGGGUGGACAGACAUCCUUUACAACGCCAAUGAUGCCUCGGGGAACACAUGGAACUGGCUGUAUUUCAUUCCUCUGAUCGUCAUUGGAUCGUUCUUCAUGCUUAAUCUUGUUUUGGGUGUGUUGUCAGGUGAGUUUGCAAAGGAAAGAGAAAGGGUGGAGAACAGACGGGCUUUUCUCAAACUGAGAAGACAGCAGCAGGUCGAACAAGAAUUCAACAGGUACCUGCGUUGGAUCCAUAUAGCUGAAGAGGUCAUGUUGGCAGAAGAGGACAAAAAUGCCGAAGAGAAGUCUGCUUUGGAUGUUCUGAAGAGGGCAACCACAAAGAAGAGUAAGAAUGACCUGAUCAAUGCUGAGGAGGGAGAAGAUCACUUCACAGACAUUUCCUCAGUGGGACCUGGAGCGGAUCCGAAGCCUGCAGCAGUUUCUGUAGAUGACGCCAGCAGCAGAUUCACCCGGCCCAGCCUGAAAAGUGUUAAAAAUGAGAGAUCUUCCUACUUCCGAAGAAAAGAGAAGAGGUUUCGAUUCUUUAUUAGGCGCAUGGUGAAAUCUCAGAGUUUUUAUUGGAUAGUACUAUGUGUGGUGGGGCUAAACACUCUUUGUGUUGCCAUUGUCCACUAUGACCAGCCACCGUGGCUCACUGAGGCUCUAUAUUUUGCUGAGUUUGUUUUCCUUGGGCUUUUUCUAACUGAGAUGUCCUUGAAGAUGUACGGUUUGGGCCCAAGAAACUACUUCCAUUCUUCAUUCAACUGUUUUGAUUUUGGGGUGAUAGUUGGUAGUAUUUUUGAAGUCAUUUGGGCAGCUGCCAAGCCAGGUACCUCAUUUGGUAUAAGUGUUCUUAGAGCUCUUCGAUUACUCAGAAUCUUCAAAGUCACCAAGUACUGGAACUCAUUGCGAAACUUGGUGGUGUCUCUGCUGAACUCCAUGAAGUCCAUUAUCAGCCUGCUGUUCCUACUCUUCCUGUUCAUUGUGGUCUUUGCCUUACUCGGAAUGCAGCUCUUUGGGGGACAGUUUAAUUUUGAAGAUGGAACUCCUCCAACAAAUUUUGAUACAUUUCCAGCUGCAAUUCUCACUGUGUUUCAGAUCCUGACAGGAGAAGAUUGGAAUGCAGUUAUGUAUUAUGGAAUUGAAUCACAAGGAGGAGUGAAAAAGGGAAUGUUUUCAUCGGUUUAUUUUAUUAUAUUGACGCUAUUUGGAAACUACACUCUUCUCAAUGUCUUCCUGGCCAUUGCUGUUGACAACCUGGCAAAUGCACAGGAGCUAACAAAGGACGAAGAAGAGAUGGAAGAAGCCAAUAUCCAGAAAAAUACGAUCCAAAAGGCAAUGGAAGUUGCAGAUGUCAGCCCAAUAUCUGCAACAAAUCUAUCCUUAGCAGCUUUUGUAAAGCAAAAUCGAGGUGCUCUAUCUCGCAGCUCGUCAGUCUCCAGCGUAAAUUCACCCAAAGAUCAACAGAAGUCAUUCAAGUCCAUGUCUGUCUGGGAACAGAGGACUUCUCAACUGAGGCGUCAGAACCUACUGACCAGUCAAGAGGCCCUCUUCAAUGAGCUGGACGACGAGCAGCGUAGAAUGUAUGUCUCAUCUCAUCAGAUCCGCCCAGAUAUGAAAACCCAUUUGGAUCGACCUUUGGUUGUGGAACCCAGGAACAACGUGAGGAAGGGCGCUGAUAAGAUCCGCCCCAGUGACUGCCAGGACAGUGAGCAAGAGAGGCUGGUCCAGCCUGAGAGCUGUGAGCCCCCGAAACGGCCCCACCGUCACCGAGACAAGAUGGGUGAGCAGGACAAGGGAGACAGUGCUCCGGACAUGGCAGAGCCCAAACCCAAUGCCAAGGACGAGCAGCGGCGCUCCCACAGGAGCCGGAGCAAAGAGGUGGAGAGGGAGCAGGAGGAGAGGUGCAAGGAAGGGAAGGGUGAGAGAAGCAGGAGCCGGGAAGGCGGGAGGCGGCCCCGUCACCACCCGCAGAGCUCCGUGGAUGAGGCCCCGGAGAGGGAGCACAAGAGACAUCGAUCACAUCGCCAUGGCGUGGAGCAGCAGGGCCGGGAGGGGAACGGCACAGCCAAUGGAACCAAGAGCGAGAAGCGCAGCCGAGCCAAGGACAGCUCUCGGUCAGGUGCCCGGGAGGGUGAGGCACCAGGCAGGGGCCAAGAUGGGGCAGAGAGGCGGCGCAGGCACCGACAGAAGGCACUCUCAACCUAUGAGUCUGAGGAAAAGAGAGACGCCGGUGAGAAGGAAGGAGAGACUGUUCUCCGAGAACGUCGGAACCAUAAAGUGAAGGAGAGCCAGCCACCUGCAGACACCGCGGUGCUGACGGCAACAUCGCUGCCACCCGAUAGUGGCUUGAAGCACCUGCCCCAGCAGCCAGAGGAUGCUGACAACCAGAAGAACAUCAAGCUCGUGACGCUGCCGACAAGAGACAUCGAGCACACUGUCAGUGUGAACAUCCCGGUGACCAUCACUGCUCCCCCUGGAGAGACCACACUACUCCCAAUCAAUAACGUUGGUGUUGAUUUGGAAAGUAUGUCGAAACCGGAGGAAAAGAAAGCUGUGGACGCUGAUGAUUUGAUUAAAAAUGGGCCAAGACAGAUCCCGCCCUUCAGCUCCAUGUUCAUCUUCAGUCCAACCAACCCUAUUCGCAGAGCAUGCCAUUACAUUGUCAACCUACGAUAUUUCGAGAUGUGCAUCCUCCUGGUGAUAGCGAUGAGCAGCAUUGCCUUGGCAGCAGAGGAUCCCGUACAGGCUGACUCACCCAGAAACAAUGUUCUGAAGUACUUGGACUAUGUGUUCACUGGAGUCUUUACCUUCGAAAUGGUGAUUAAGAUGAUUAAUUUAGGUCUGAUUCUUCAUCCUGGCUCUUACUUUCGAGAUUUGUGGAACAUUCUGGAUUUCAUCGUUGUCAGUGGAGCUUUGGUUGCCUUUGCCUUCACGAGUUUCCUCGGCGGGAACAAAGGAAAGGACCUCAACACCAUCAAGUCACUCCGUGUUCUCCGUGUCCUAAGGCCACUGAAGACUAUCAAACGUCUGCCCAAGUUAAAGGCUGUCUUUGACUGUGUGGUGAACUCGCUGAAGAAUGUUCUGAACAUACUCACCGUUUACAUGCUGUUCAUGUUCAUCUUUGCUGUCAUUGCUGUGCAGCUCUUCAAGGGCAAAUUCUUCUACUGCACUGAUGAGUCAAAGGAUUUGGAAAAGGACUGCAGGGGUCAGUAUCUAGUUUAUGACAAUGAUGAAAUUGAGGCAGAACCCAGGGAAUGGAAGAAAUAUGAUUUCCACUACGAUAACGUGCUCUGGGCUCUACUGACGUUAUUCACAGUGUCAACCGGUGAAGGGUGGCCAACGGUUUUAAAGCACUCUGUGGAUGCCACAGAAGAAGAUCAGGGGCCCAGCCCCAGCUACCGGAUGGAAAUGUCCAUAUUUUAUGUUGUGUACUUUGUGGUGUUCCCAUUUUUCUUUGUGAAUAUUUUCGUUGCUCUGAUUAUCAUCACUUUCCAGGAACAGGGUGAUAAGGUGAUGUCUGAUUGCAGCCUGGAGAAAAAUGAGAGAGCCUGCAUUGAUUUUGCUAUAAGUGCCAAGCCUCUUACGCGAUACAUGCCACAGAACAAGCAGACGUUCCAGUACAAGAUGUGGAGAUUUGUGGUAUCCCCCCCUUUUGAAUAUUUUAUAAUGGCCAUGAUCGCACUCAACACCAUCGUGCUGAUGAUGAAGUUCCAUAACGCUCCCGAUCCAUAUGACAGAAUGCUGCAGUACCUGAACAUCUUAUUCACAUUUCUAUUCUCCAUGGAGUGUGUGCUGAAGCUCAUUGCCUUUGGUAUACUGAAUUACUUCCGUGAUGCAUGGAAUGUGUUUGACUUUGUAACUGUACUGGGAAGUAUAACUGAUAUUUUAGUCACUGAACUAGCGGAUAACUUCAUCAAUCUCAGCUUUCUGCGGCUGUUCAGAGCAGCACGCCUCAUCAAGCUUCUCCGCCAAGGAUAUACCAUCCGCAUUUUGCUCUGGACAUUCGUGCAGUCCUUUAAGGCAUUACCGUAUGUGUGUCUCCUGAUUGCAAUGCUGUUUUUCAUCUAUGCUAUUAUUGGAAUGCAGGUAUUUGGGAACAUUGCGCUGGAUGAUGAUGGUGCAAUUAAUCGUCAUAACAACUUUAGGACCUUCCUACAAGCUGUAAUGCUUUUAUUCAGGAGUGCCACUGGUGAAGGUUGGCAAGAAAUAAUGCUGGCAUGUUUGAGCAAAAGUCCGUGUGAUCCACGUUCUGGCAUAGACAGAGAUGAAUGUGGAAGUGAUUUUGCCUAUUUCUACUUCGUGUCGUUCAUUUUCCUUUGUUCUUUUCUGAUGUUAAAUCUUUUUGUAGCUGUCAUUAUGGACAAUUUUGAAUAUUUAACCCGUGACUCCUCCAUCUUGGGACCUCACCACUUGGAUGAGUUCGUCCGUGUCUGGGCUGACUACGAUCCAGGAGCCUGUGGGCGCAUCACUUACAGUGACAUGUAUGAGAUGCUGAGACACAUGUGUCCUCCCUUGGGCCUGGGAAAGAAAUGUCCUGCAAGAAUCGCCUACAAGCGCCUUGUAAGGAUGAACAUGCCGAUUGCUGAGGAUGGUUCUGUGCAUUUCACUUCGACCUUGAUGGCAUUAAUUAGAACAGCCCUUGAUGUCAAAAUUGCUACAGGAGGAGCACACCAGCAGCAAUGUGAUGCAGAGCUGAGGAAAGAAAUAACUGCUAUUUGGCCAAACUUGUCCCAGAAGAUUCUGGAUAUACUGGUGCCUCCCCAUAGACCUACAGAGUUGACGGUGGGGAAAGUCUAUGCAGCACUGAUGAUUUUUGAUUACUACAAACAGAACAAAAGCAAACGAAUGCAGCAGCAGCAGCAGCCUGGUGGCUUGUCACAGACUCGAACAUCGUUCUUUCAGCGCGUGGUGGGAGCCUUGACACCAACACAGGAAGAGCCCCCCUCAUACAACGACACACUGCGACCAAAGAACUCACACAAUGGCGGCAAUGCUCUGUACCAAGACAGUGGACAAAAGGAAUCCUCCUGGCUGCGGACCCGAGAGGCUUUCACUGAGGGUAAAGUAGAAAUACCUGAGAGCGGUCAGGCAGAUGAAGCUCUAGUCACCCAGAGCAUUCCUCAGGCUGUGGAGUUGAGAGAAAUGGGCUAUGACGUGAACCACUCAGACCAGCCCAGUCUGGAGAGCCAUGGCCGUGCAGCGUCCAUGCCUCGCCUGACAGCAGAGACCCAGCCGAUCCCAGACACAAGUCCCAUGAAGCGCUCGGUAUCUACACUGACCCCACAGCGUGCUCAGGGGAUGCAUCUGCCCGAUUACUCCCUAGAACGAGUUAUACCAGUUCGGAUGCCACAUCAUCACCACCAUCACCAUCAGCACCGUUGCCAUCGCAGGAGAGAGAAAAAGCAACGAUCGCUUGAGCGGUCUCCCAGCAAAAAUGCUGAUGGACAAGCAGGGCAACUGGAUGACCUCUGUUCUGCAGCUCACCCAGGAGAUCAGUCAUCUAAAGAGCAGGAGCGCGGUAGGUCACAGGAGCGGAAGCCUCCGUCAUCCGUCGAGAAGCAGCGCUACUAUUCCUGUGACCGAUAUGGCAGUCGGGAGGCCCCACAGCCCAAGUCAACUGAUCACAGCCGGUCUGCAUCUCCGAGUACUGGUCCAGAGCAGGGGCUCCAUAGACAGGGCAGUGGUUCGGUUAAUGACAGCCCUAUGCAGACAGCCUCUGGAGCUAGCACCCCAUGUCGCGGCCGCAGGCAGCUGCCUCCAACCCCGCUCACACCGCGCCCCAGCAUCACCUACAAGACCGCCAACUCCUCUCCGGCUUAUUUCAACCACCUGCAAGGUGUGCCACCCCCGAGCUCCCCGGGGAGACUGAGCCGUGGGCGAUCCGAGCAUAACCACCUCCAGGGCCAGCCCCAUGGCAGCAGUGACUGCAGGCAGCCGACGGUGACGCGCAUCAGCUCCGAUCCCUACCUGGGGCACCGCGGCAGCUGCGGUAGCGAUGGCCAGGAGCUGCUGGAAGAAACUCUCACCUUCGAGGUGGCCGUGGCCACGACCACCGGCCGGUCACCCCGGACUUCCUGCAUCAUGUCUCUCUCGUCUCAACCUCACCAGAGCCGCCGGGUCCCGAACGGUUACCACUGCAAUCUGGGAAUGAGCACGGGGCCAGGCACAGGUGCAGGGGAGCGCAAGUGUUACCGGGAGGCAGACGAGGAUGACUGGUGCUAGUGUGGCAGUUAAGCAAGGCUAUUACUGAUUAUGCAUUAACGUGAUGAGUUUUAUCAUCGGCAGGGUGUUCUGUCAGAGCUCAGAGUGUGUGUGUGUGUGUUCAUAUGCAGCAUUUGUGGGGAUAUGGAAACUGAAACGGUUCCAGGAAUCUGAUUUUUAUUUAAAAGAUUGCUUCAACUUGUUUUUGCACUGAAUUUGCAAGUGAAAAGUGGUUCACUUGAAGCGAAGAAAACUAAUGACUGUUUCAUUCUAGAGAACUCGUUUUUUCUAUCUCUCCCUACAUUGGCUAUUUCAGAAAACAACAGAUGCCAAAUUUAUUAUAUAAAUAUGUAAAUAAAAGUGAAAAAGACCUGAUGAAGUUAUGAUAGCCUGCUCUUGGUUACCUCUGGACAAGUGGUGAAGGAGAUUGCCUGUCCGUGGCACAAGUUGUGAGAGGGCAGGAUCAGCCUUCAUCACAGACUUUUGGAUGCCAGAGGAAGGGAGCUGGAGGGGAAAGUGGGAGAGGAUAUUUUAAUGCAUAUCGAGAGACUGAUGCUGACUGCAAAAGCUUUUAAAUGUAGGACUUGAUGUUAAUAACAGAGAUUAAAAUGUCUUGAAUGGAGCCAGUAAACAAAUUUUCUGCUCUAGUACUGCACUACGUCUCGACAUCUCUGCAGUGUUCCCAUCCAUUAACACGAUGUUUCCUGACCUGUUCAGGUUUGGGCUGUGGAACUGUCGGCACGGUUUUUUUUUCAGGUCCAGAGGCCUUUCUUUGUGCUGCUUCUCUCAAUUCCUUAAAAAUUCUCCUUGUUUUGUUCCCCAUUGUGUCCUUUCCCCACUUGUUGUAGCAUUAAUGUGACUUGUGAUCCAGUUGCACAAUCCAUCAUUUUAUCAAAUCUCCUGUAAUUACAGGAGCUUCACACCGUUCACUUUUAGAGUGUGUAAUAAGUUGAGGUUUGUAUGUGAGGACUUAGCCUGCCUUUGUUCGGUCAUUGCCUUCCACUCUUUCUAUUUAUUGCUCCAACUGUUGAAUUCCAAGUGCCUAACGUUUUAAAAAACUCAUUAGAGAAGAUUCAGCCACUUGCAUCUGAACAUGCAAGUGGGGACCCUGGGAGGUAUGGCUGUAAAGCAGAGGUGACAGGUAUUGGUGGCUUCAAGCAAAACAUACCUUGAUAACCAGACUUGAAUGACUUGUUGCAAAAAUAAAAUUUGAAACAGAAAGCCAACAGACUUUAUUUGGUGUUGAUGAGCAAAUCUGGGCUUUAAACUUUUUCUGAAGUUGGUAACAGGAAGACAAAAGUGAAAGGGUGCAAACCAGCACAGCGUCAUGUCUUUCACAUUCACAGUGCAUAGCCCAUCUUUUUAAACUUGGUUGUGGAAGUUCUCAGCACAUGUUUUAUGGUGUAUAGUUUCUAUGUUGUAAGGAUACAUGAGAAAACAUGAUGUGCUUUCUUUGUUGUGUAAAUCAUUUAAAAAAAAAUACCAGGUGGAAAUAGCCUACAAAAUGUGCACUUUGAAGAGUCAAACAGUGAGGGAGGAAAGCGGGAUAUUUGUCAGGAAGGCUAUGCAACAUGAUACUUGUCAGGCAAAAAACACUAAGAUAAUUCAUUCUGUAGCUUUAACUGCUGAAUUUUCCAUUUUCAGGCCUCAGCAUGAUAGUGACCAAAAGUUUUAUACCUUUCCUUAUAAUAAAGGCACAACACAAUUUUGAAGAAAACCGAUUAUUGACUCUGUAGGGGUGGGAGGGGGUAUGUAUAUUAAUACAAUUGUUCCUGGAAUGUUUCACAGGACUUUUUAAGUCAAGCAUACACCUUGAAUAAUGCAUGCACCAUUGUACUCAUUAAUUAUAGGACUAUGUCUCCGCAGAAGGGUUGGAAAUUUUUUUUUCCAAAAUAGUAGAUAAGCUCUCCCGUACUUCCACAAGUGAUAAAUUGAUGAUGUGACAUCUGAGCUCAUUUGUGACCGAGGAUUUUCUGUCUGAGUUCCACAACAUUAGGCAGAAGUGUCAGCACCUCCAUUCAAAAUUACUCUCUCCCAAGUCAGUAUUGCGGGGCUGCUCUGGGUAAACAAAGGACAACUGAAUAAAAUGGAAAUGGAAACAUUUGUUAGUUUGGUGCCGAAACGUUACCUGUGGCCUCCCCACCUUUUCUACGUGCCGCAUACUCUGCGCUUCAUCAAGCUGCACCCUUUCUUUCCUUCCAUUCAUUACAGCAGGUUGCCAAAAACAAGAUCCACCGAACUAUUUUCACAUCCAGAGUUCAGUUUACUUAUGGUUGUACUUUGAAGAAAUAAUGUGAGCAUGUGAUAGAACUAUGUGCAUGAACUAUUGUUUAUCCUGGUACAGUACCAUUUUUUGAUACAAUGUAUUCAUCAGCUGUUCAUUUUGAAAAAAAAACACACUUUGAUAUAAAUUUGGGAGUUUGUUGCAACAACUUUAUAUUUAAAACAGUGUUGGGAAAGCUAAUUAAUUCCAACCCUACAAUUGACUGGAACCAAUCAGGUCGUGUGGUUGACUAGUUUGCUGCCUGAAUAAUAUUUAUCAGCCAAACUUUGAACUUCUGCAGUUUCUACAGUUAUAUUUUGUACGAGGCAGAACCCUUGAAUUAAAUAAAUCUUAGGAGUAAAAUUUCACAUGCUUCAUGUGUUUCUAAUUUGCACAAUUUUUAAACAAAACUUCUGCAAAUCUUUAAAAAAUAUAGUUAUCUAGCUUUGUUGCAUUAACUACUAUGUUGAGAAUGUAUGAAUGUUUUGAAAUUAUAUAAAGAUGCAUUUGUCGAACUGUUCUUAUGUCUUUUAUUGAUAGUUUACACUCAUACCAAAAGGACACAACCCUAAUUAUAAUUGGGAAAUAAAUAUUGUUACGCACUGCAAUUUUUGUUUGAUGCAACUUUGAAGAAUUGCAUGUCAUACCCCAAGCCUGAAUAUUGUAUUAACCUCUUGACCUGCUGUGUCUUUUUAUAUCACUUCCUCUCUAUGAAAAAAAACUUCCAUGUGGGAAGUAGUUAGCCAAAAAGAAAACAUGGAAUUUUUUGGAAUGUUUGAAUAGAUCCUUUUUAUAUCAUUCAUGCAUGACUGAUUAAAUAAAGUUUAUUGGGAAAAAAUAUCUAUUGUAAAUUGGUUGCAAAGUAAAAAGGGCUGUCUAUCACAGCAAACAAUGAAUUUCUUGAACUGAAGUACAGCAUUAUUUCUCGAAUGGAAACGAGAUGGGUAUUGCACUGGCAUGAGGUAAUUUUUGGUUCCUUGGGCAUGGAAUGUACCCUGAUGCCAAGUGGUCUUUCUAGCAUUCCUAAAAAUAGUUAGGGUUGAGUUGUCAUUUUAAAGGGGCUGUGUCAUCUUCAGAGCAGGCCUUAGCUGAGGGUUACCAUAGCAACAGAUUUCUUCCCAACAGCACAGACCAUUGGGCUUAGGAAAUUCAGAUUCCUUGAAGAUGCAGAAUGACUUUUUUGACUGCCCCUGAAAUUUGACCUUUGCCUGUAAGUCUGGGUUCCUCAUUUUGACAAUUCUACCAAUAAAAAUGGAUGUGACUGCCAGGCGACCUUUUGUGCUUUGUACCCUGGUCUGUCCUCCCACUAAAAAUCAGUGAACACAGAGAAAUAUUGCUCUUAAAUCUUUUGAAGCAGUCAAGAAACUAUCCACGUUUUUAAGAGGUGGCAGAACCUGACCUGCCCACAUUGAUGUAACAAGAGCUGUACUUUAGCAGGGAGACUGAUCCCAGCACAACCUUUACAGCAAACUGCAGCUCCCAAGCCACGGAAAGAAUCCUGAUGAUGUAGGCCUUUUAGGAAGUUAUUAAUAUUGUAAAACAAUUAAAUGUAUCUUCAUUCUGUACGUCCAGUUGAACCCUGUUAAGAUCAAAUCAGUGUUGUUAAAGAAAUGUUGCUUGAACAUGAGCUUGAUCUUAUUUAAUGUAUUUUGAUGGUAGCAUUUUAAAAAUUGUAACGGCUUGUCAGGGAUCAAACUGGAAUGGAGUCUGCUGUAUGUAAACUGGUUUCCAAUGAGAGUAACCCUUAGUGUGUUGCAAUACCUGAUGUCUAUGACUGAGGGCACUCCAACACACUGGAGGUCACCCUUCUACCGUUGGUGAGAAUACAGUAUUACAAUAUAUACCGAAUGCUAUAUCCCCUUGUGUUUCUCAAAAAUAAAACCUUGUACUUUGCACAUUCUGA